CCAUUCCGCGUAGCCUGGCAGCACUGCGCUCGCAGCUGUUUAGUAUUGUUUAUCUCUAUAACUUAACUUUACUUUAUUUGAAGUUUGAACGCAAUUGUGUUCAAACUGUGUCUAGCUGUUCAGUAUAAAUAUAGUUGACGUCAGUCAUUGUGACUGCAUUGCUGAUAAGCAAAAAAAAAAGCUCACGGAAAUAAUUUAAUAAAUGCAAUGUCGGCACAUUUCCAGUGCGUUCUUCGGCAAGCCUUCAAGACCUUCCAAAGAGACAAUCUUGCCAGCUUUAAUGCCAACUUGCAACAACUUAAGCAGUUAACAGAUCAGCUUACCUACCGUGAUCUCCAUAUUAACGAGGGACUCUUUCGCGAUGAUGUGCCUAGUAUAGAGCGAGCUCCCUGCAUUUAUAUGCCCAUCUUUGAGGAUGAGAACUUCAGUAUGAGCUUGUUUAUAUUGCGCGCCAAUAGUUGCAUACCCCUGCAUGAUCAUCCCGUUAUGUAUGGCCUGCUGCGUGGCCUUUGGGGUCAGCUAAAAGUGCAGAGCUAUACACAGCAACUAGGCUCGCAGGAGUCGCUUGUCUACGACAAGAAUCUGACACACAUCAAAGUCAAUGCGGAGGAACCCAGCCUUAUAACAGCGGACACUGUAAGUGCGUUGCUCACGCCUCGCAAACGCAACUAUCAUCAAAUUACACAGUUGGGCAGCGGCGUUGCUGCCUUCUUUGAUAUACUCAGUCCACCCUAUGAUGCCAAUAUGCCGCAAUAUGGGCCACGCCGCUGCCGCUUCUAUCGACCGAAAACAGACGUGGAUGGCCAAAUGGAGCUACAGCGCAUCCCUUCUCCAACUAGCUACUAUUGUGAUUUGGCCGAAACCCCGGACACUGUUUUGAAGUGCGGCUUUAUAUGCGCCAACGAGGCGCAUGGCAGUCACGUCACUGAUAUGCAGUGAAUACGCGUAACGUAUUCCUUAUUUAUUUCCACUACUCCCCACACAUCCCCUAGGCUCUCAUGCAUAUAUGUAAAGCGUCUGUGUUAUUUCAAUAA